AUGUUGGUGGGAAACAUCUAUGUCAUCGCCGGCGUCGCCGUCGUCGGCGGUGCCCUCUUUGGUUUUGAUAUCUCGUCCAUGUCAGCUCAGCUGAACGAGAACUCGUACAAAUGUUAUUUCAACCAAGGCCCCAAGGGUCCGCCGUUCACCGACGAUGAGAACUGCUCAGGUCCCCAUUCUCUCGUCCAGGGUGGUAUCACCGCUUCUAUGGCUGCUGGUUCUUGGCUUGGUGCUUUGAUUUCAGGUCCUCUGAGUGAUCGAAUUGGUAGAAAGUCUUCUAUCAUGGUUGGUUGUAUUGUCUGGAUCAUUGGUUCGAUUCUGUGCUGCGCGGCUCAAAACAUCGGUAUGCUCAUUGUGGGACGUAUCAUCAACGGUAUUUCUGUCGGCAUCGAAUCCGCCCAAGUCCCUGUCUACAUCAGUGAACUGUCUCCCCCAUCCAAACGUGGCCGCUUUGUCGGUCUCCAGCAGUGGGCUAUCACCUGGGGUAUUCUUAUCAUGUUCUAUAUCUCCUACGGAUGCUCGUACAUUGGUGAACAGAAGUCCUACAGCUACAGCACCGCCUCCUUCAGAGUGCCAUGGGGUUUGCAGAUGGUCCCCGCUGUCUUCCUGUUUUUGGGCAUGAUGCUGCUACCCGAAUCCCCGCGUUGGCUGGCCCGCAAGGAUCGCUGGGAGGACUGUCAUCGAGUCCUGGCCUUGGUCCAUGCAAAGGGUGAUCUCAACCACCCCUUCGUGACCAUCGAACUGCAGGACAUUCGCGACAUGUGUGAAUUCGAGCGCCAACACAAGCACGUUACCUAUCUGGAUCUCUUCAAGCCGCGGAUGCUGAAUCGUACCCUCAUUGUGUACUACAUUACAUAUGUGUUCUCCAUGGCUGGGUACAGCGGAGAUUCGAACCUCCUUGCGUCGUCCAUUCAAUACAUCAUCAACGUGUUCAUGACGAUCCCAGCGUUGCUCUGGAUGGAUCGCUGGGGCCGACGGAACACCAUUCUGGUCGGCGCCGCCCUCAUGGCUGCGUUGAUGUAUGCGAACGCGGGGAUUAUGGCGGUCCACGGCGUGGUCGUCCCUGGCGGGAUCAACGGUGUCCCUGAGGAGUCUAUGAAGCUCUCGGGUGGUGCGGCGAAGGGCCUGAUCGCCUGUACUUAUCUCUUUGUGGCUAGCUUUGCGCCUACGGUUGGACCGGCCUCGUGGACAUACCCUCCCGAGCUGUAUCCUCUGCGGCUGCGUGGUAAGGGUGUGGCCAUGUCGACCUCUGGCAACUGGGCCUUCAACACCGCCCUCGGACUGUUCACCCCGGUGGCGUUUGAGAACAUCAUGUGGAAGACCUACCUCAUCUUCGGCGUCUUCAACACUGCCUUCUUCAUCCACGUGUUUUUUAUUUUCCCGGAGACCGCAGGUAAGACGCUGGAGGAGACGGAGGCGAUGUUCGAGGACCCGAACGGUAUCAAGUACCUGGGAACCCCAGCGUGGAAGACGCGGGUCAAGACAUCCGAGAUCGCCCGUCUGGAACAUGGCGACGUGGAAUCCAAGAACAUCCACCACCCCCACAACCCUCCCGCUGAGACACCUUCAGUCGUCGCUGCGGGAGGAAAUGGGGAGACUGGAGAGUCAGCUGAGGGUCCGAAGACUGUCGAACACCAGGUGGAGAAGGCCAUGUAG